AUGUACCGCAAUGAAACUCUCCAGUUGGAAGGGGAUUCAAUAUGGGGUCGGAUAACACUGCUUCUCAGUUCCCUGAUAGGUCGGCCGUGUACCGGUUCGGAACGUGCCCAAUUUUACGAGGAUAUACUGCUGAAGUCGCUUGAAAAACAAGAAAAGGAAAUUACUCUUCAAUCUAUGAUCGAUAAAGCGGUGGUUUUUCUUAACAACGAAGAUAAUGGAUAUCGGGCCAAAAAAUUAGUUUCAUUCAUAGGUAAGCUUCGUGAGGUAACCGAUUCAAGCGAGGAGAUAAUGCGUUUUCUGCUACUUUUGUCAAGGAUUGGUGAUAAUUAUAUCGAUAAAAGCCAAACCGAAACUUCGGCUCGUUGUUUCGGAGCUGAAAUACUCAAUAUCUGGAAACAAACCAUCUUGGAAAACCAUGCUGUUUUCUCGAGAAGGCCCUUUACUGAUCGCACAAACCUAUCACGUAUAGAUUCGAAGUAUCAGUCACGUCACGAAGAUAGCAAGGAGAGCAAGGAGGUCGUGGUUCAACAUCAACCAUGUUGUAGUGGCGAAAAAACAGUAAAAAUCGAUAUAAAUCUUUCGAAAAGCACUGGAAGUUAUGAAAAGAUUCGGCGUACCAUCGUUGAUGAAAGAGGACGUGUACAUCCGCGAGCAUGUGAUCCAGAAUUGCGCAGCUUAUGUAAAUUAAGAAUUGGGGAUGUGUUUUACAUAAUUUCGUGGCAUGAAUGUCUCAGAUGUUUAGCACAUGUAUUAAUGGGUGAAGAAUCAAUUUUGUUUCGCAGAAAUGCUGAUGGCUUUUUCAGCAUUUCUAAAAAAAAUAAGUUAUUUUUGGAAUUGGAAGAUGUCAAUUUGUUGCCACGACUAGCACUACCAUUUCUGGAGUUUGCUAACAGGUUAUUUUCUUUGGAACGAUUCCUUCGUUGUUCCGAUUUUGUUGAAAACUCUUCUACGUUGGGUUGUAAAAUUCGGGAAAAUACAACAAGAGCGUUAUUGAGUAUGAAGUUAUGUGCCUCGGAACAAUUGUGGAAAUUCCGGGAUGAAGUAAGACACUAUGUCGAUGACAAAGAGGAAUGUGAUAGCGAAAAUAUUAGAAAGUUAUUGCGAGAACUUCUUGAUAUGUGCAGCUUUUUCAACCACUUUGUCGAUGUAGUUUUCCAUGUACAAACUACUGGUGCGCAGAAUGCAAAUACAUUGUUAGAUAUUUUUUAUGCCGUAAAAAUUACAAAAGGACGAAUAGUACCAGCUGUUAGAGAAUUUUGUGAUGAUAUUCUUGUCGCGCUUCUUCGGCAUUAUGCUGAAUGUAUCCUAUUUUGGCUCAUGAAAGGCGAAGCAGAUCCAUGCGAUGGUGUUUUUUCUUUUUCGGAAACAGAUACUGAAAUACUGCAAUGGACAGUUUCUGGAGAAAAAAAAUCUAUUGGUCUAGAAGCGUCAAUGCUCAUCACUAAAAAUUUUAUCGACGUAUGGCUAUCUGAGGGAAAAUUCCGAAAAUUAAUGUUGGCUUGGUCAAAUUUGGAACAAUUGGAUUCUGAGAAGUCGAGCUGUGUCACCGUUAAUAAAUUAAUAAAUGAACUCUCAGAAGAAGAGAUUCGGAAAGCAUUAAGCUCAGAUUUGUUGAAUACUAUAGGAUCACUUUUGGACUUCUACUUCCAAAAAGUUUACCUUUCGCAGCAUGCCAUAUCUACACGGUGUUGUAUAAUCGAUAAUUUCAAACAAACUGCUCAGCUUCUUCGAGAUGUCUAUUUAUGUGACGAUGAAUAUAUAACAGAAAUUUUCGUGAGCGUUUUGUUAAACGAAGAAAAUGCUUCAAAUUUGGAUUCCAAAUCCGUAAAUUAUCAGAAUUUCUGGCUAGAUGAAGUAAUAGAUUAUCUUAUAACCAAGAAUUAUUCUUCGAUUCUUGUACAUGGAUUUUCACAAUUAACCAGUUCAUUCGAUGAAGAAGAUGAUCUGAAAGUACGUUACAAACCGCCUUUUCCGUUAAAUAUCAUUUUUACCCCUUCAGUUUUAAUUAAUUAUGAGCGUAUUUGGAAUUUAUUACUGAGAAUUACAGUGGAAUGUGCAGCUUUGGAGAAAAUGAUGGUCCAGAAAGCUUGUACUUACAGUACUGCUAUGAUGCAAAUGCGAAUGUGGAAUUUCGUUCGAGCAAUGCGUUAUUUUUUCCAUGAACAGAUAAGACGUACGAUUGUGGACGAGUAUCAGAAAGAUUUGGAUACGAUAAGGACAAUUGAAGAAGCUUUCGAACUGCACAGGCGAUUUGUGAAAAAAUUGUAUCGGCAUUGUCUUUUGGGUUGGAAGCAUGUGAAGUUAUGGAAUGUAUUGGAUGAAUGUUUGGUAUUGAUUACCAAAUUUCGUCGCUGCAGCGCAGAAUCAUUUAAUAUGCUGCGACUGUUUAAAGUUUUCAAUGACUUUCACAGCAAUGUAGAUUUAUUUUGUAAUGCGGUGAAAAGAACAUCAGUUGGAGCUAAUUACUGGCUUUCCGAUUUAUUGCUGUUGGCCGAUUUUUCCGGCAUUUACACUGAUCUCCAUGAUAAUAGCUCGUUGAAUCCAAAUUUGACAGCAUUAAGUCUUUGA